GUGCAGUUAAAGAACACUAUUUCAAGUCAAUAUGUGAUCCGAACUCAGCCUACGAAUAUGUGUCUUUCAACUUUGGAAUGUGCUGCAAUUGCACUUUCUGUUAUGGAAAAGAAUACUGAGAUUCAAGAGGUCGGUAUACAAGUCUAUUCCUGGUGUGAUUUUUGUGCAAGAGAUAAUUGAUAACAAGUUCGUUUUAGUAACGAGAGAAGUAAUAAUAAAUAACCCGAGGUAUAUACAAUUUGUGUUAUGAACUCACAUUUAUGUUAGCUCAAACGUCUUUUCAACCAGGAUUGGUUGCAACUAAUGUGGUAUUAGAAACCUAGUAUUUAGAAAUUAGUAUUUAAUACAAUUCUUAAAAAAAAAAAAAAAAAAUAAUCAAAUCCUACAUAUUUACAAAACACAUGCAAGAGAUGUUAGAUGCCUUUGAGUUAUUUCUGUUGAUUGAAAAGAAUUUGGUAAAAACUGAAAAUAAUUUUUCCAAGUUCCCUUAAACAUAUGCUGGAGAGAUUGUGAAGUAGCUCAUAUUUUGUCGCAUUGUAGCAAGUUCAUCCAUUUUGAAUGUACAUACAUUGAUUUUGAAAAAUAGCCCCGUCUAUUAAAAUAUCUCCUCAAAUGGAGUUGUUUGCACUUCUACUAUAGUUAAUAAGACAAAAAAAAAUCAUAUUUGCUAAUACCACAGUAUUGGAAAUCUGUUACUGUUCGACCGGUUGGGGAGGUUUUCUCUCUAGUAUCAAAAUAUAGGAGCUAAGAACUAGCUGUUAGACCAUUUAUUCUGCAGCUGGUAAGAUUGAAUGGGGGUUGGAAGGAAUGAGAGACAAGCAUAACAAGGUUACAUUGUGCCUAAAUGUGUUUCAUUAUAAGGUGUGUUAAUUGUAACUGUGUGUGUCCUGACAGUGUGCAUUGGAGGAGUGCCUGGCAGUGUGUAUCGGUGUGUGUAUCCCAAAAGUGUGACUGGAAUGUAUUUCAGCGUGAGUGUCUUUGAUUGUCUUUGUCUAAGAAAGUGUUUUGAGACACACACACACAGUUGCACAAAAAGUCUCCCAUAUACAAAAAUACUACAAACAGCUCAGACGCAAACACAACUUCACAAGCCUAUUGCCAGCACACAUACUCACAAGAAGCCACACAUACAUACACACACCACCACACACAAUCCCACAAGUAGGCCACCCUACUUACACAUCCCACAUUCACACACAUAAUAUGAUGCACAGUCCACUUAUGUAACACACAAUACCACAAACUACUCACAUUCACUAUAACAUAGCACAAAUACAGGCAAAUGAAAUCUUACAAAACAUCCAUACAUAACACAAGCAGAAUACAGCAAACUAUACACACAUUAAUAAAAAAUAUAUAUAUAUAUAUAACCUACACACCAAGGGACUUCAAAGUCUUGUUAUGACUCAGUGACACUAAAGUUUGCCUACCCCUGGUUUAGAUCAUACAUUUCUCUGACAAAAUAUUUAACCUUUGUUCGUUGGAGUGAGUGUGUACCUCCUAGCUAUCUAAGGAAUUAGAAUAGAUCUAAUGGAUUAGAUGCUAUUUAUUUAAUCAGUAAAAACCUCUGUACUAGAGAAGCACAACAUGUUAUAUAUGUAAGAUACAGGUGAAAAAAGAGCUAUAUAAUUCAAUACUGAUUUUUCAAGGCUCCUUGCUAAUUUACUUUUUAAACAUGUUGUUCUCUUACAUUGUAUUUAACAGACAAUCCUUCGCCCACUUCAAGCGCUGUGCACAUUUCAGCUCCAACAUGGGGCUCAGGUUCAUCACAGCAAGGAACAUCUCCUUAAAAAUGGUCUGUAUGACAAACCAUUGCCAAAGAAUAAACGCAAAUUGAAGAAAAUGCAGUUCCUGGUUAACAAUGUUAAAAUUUAG